GCGUCCGCUCUUCGCCGACAUGCCAUCUGGAGAAGAGCUCAGGCGGUAGACCGUGGCCGAUCCCCACCGCGCGCCGUCCGCAGGGCUUCGAUGGACGCGGACGGUGGCGGCGGCGGCGGCGGCGGCGGCGGUUCCGGGGACGACGCCGCAGCGGCCCCCUGGUCCUGGGGUGUAGAAGAUGAGUCCUGGGCCUGGAACUCCAAGCACAAGUCUUCGGAGGUGUCCCUCCUCGGGCCCCGUAGGGCCCAGUUCCACCCUCAGUGGAGCAGCGGUACCGCGGGGGUCCGCGGCGUGCGACCGCUGCCCCGAGGUCGACGGGCCUACUGGGAAGUCCGGGUGUCCCAGAGGGUCUUCGGGACGAGCAUGAUGUGGGGCCUGUGCACGGCCAGGGCCCGCCUGCACGCGGACGCCUUCGUCGACCUGUUGGGACAAGACCAGCACGGCUGGGGACUGUCCCACAAGGGACUCGUUUGGCACGCCGGAAGGUGGCGCGCCUUCACCAGGCCUUUCCGCGAGAACCAGGCCACCGUGGUCGGGAUGCUGUUCGACGGUCGCCGGGGCACGCUCACCUACUACAAAGACGGGAGGUGCCUCGGCGUCGCCUUCAGGGACCUGCACCUGGUCGGGGAGCCCCUGUACCCGGCCGCCUGCUCUACGGCCGCCAAGACGGAGAUGAGCCUGGCCAACGCCAGGAGGGACUUCGCGGGACUCCAGGACAGGUGCCGCGCCGUGAUCCUGCGCCACGCUGGACCGGACGCCAUCCGCCAGCUGCGGUUACCCCCGCGGCUCGAGCGCUACCUGCUGCACCAGGAGGAGCCCCCGCAAGAACCCUUCCAUCUCGAACCCUCGGACACGACGACGACACAGCACGACAGUUCGCCCCCAUCUCCGCAGAGGGCGCUGCCACUUAGAGCACCCAGUCUCGUACGCGUGUAACGCACUCACUGGUUUCGAUCUCAUCCUCUUGACUGUCCUCACGACGCUGCUGAGGUAAAGCCAGCGAGCAGUCAUCUUGCCAGUACCAAUAGUUUUUUGUCAAUGUAGGGCGGGCCGACAACAUGCUGUCAGUGAAGCCAGCUCUAGGCAACAUUACUGUGUCAACUAAGUUGCGCAACUCGUACGAACAAGCGAACCCUCUUUCAUCCCCAAGGGCCACCACCCGUCGUCCGAAGCGCCAUCUAGAGGCUGUGAUUCAAAAACGGUAUUCUUUGGAGAGUAAAUGGCCAACAGCCAUCUAGACUCUGUGCUUAAAAACCUGUGUAUUUUAUAGACUACACUGCAAUUAGUAUAAACAGCCGUCUCCGAAACCGUGGCGCUUCGAACGAUGGGAGGUGAAUCAGUGAAAAAGAGAGGGGUUACUAUGACGGGAAGCAGCGUCUAUGAGCAGUUCUACAGCCAAGUUUAUCUAUACGUCGACUCCGGGUGUUCAAAGAAUCGCAUUAGAUUUCCUUGACAAAGUGUAAAAUGUUGGCUCCCAACAUGGUCAUUGAAUAGUUACGUAACGUAAGUACCUCGGUGUGAAGUAUUUUGGUGCGAAGGCCGCUAGUGUGCCCAAUCGUUUCUACGCCCGCCUUAUUGUGCGAAAAGAGGUUAUACGGAAGCAUAGAAGUCUAGAUGGAACUAUGAUAGGCCACUGACAUAUAGCUUCACUAAAUAGUACAAGAAAGCGAAAUUAAAGUGCCCUCAAAAGUGAGAGCACCUGCAAAGCGUUAUUGUGCGAUUUUACUGCUUGAUUUCUCCCUCCGUGCGAGCGUUUUAUUUUAUGUGCACACCAAAUUCGUACAUAAAAAAAAAUAUUCAUUUCUUUUUUAGGCUAAGGCUUUCCAAAUUACUCAAAUAGACUAUCAGAGGCGCAAUUUAAUAUUUCUUACAACGCUUUUCGUUUCAGGGGAGAUGGGUUUAUUUAUAAAUUAGCUUUGCAACUUCAGGUCAGAGAAAAUGACCCAGUUUUGAAUGUACGCUCCGCGGUUCACCCAUAGACAAGAAUAUCCGAUCGCGCUAGACUUCGGUGGUGGCAAAAUGUCUGCUUCGCAGCUUUCUCGACACAAUGGUGCGACAUGAAGGACGUAGCGUCCAUAGAGAUCAAAGGUGUAUUGGACCAAAAAAUGGCCUCCCGCCGUUACGGAUGAGUGACCGACUCUAGUCCCCGGAACUUGGCUACAGCCUUUGCAGUGCGGCUAUUUGCGUGCACAUCGCUGUUGGCUCGUCUUUUCCGCUUGCACUUUCUAUUUAUUCUGCUACUUAACUGGGACUGGGCUACUGUUCAAAAUCAGAAAUAUAGAGGGAGAGAGGGAGAGGUGAGAGCACGCCGAGACAUCAAAGGGCCAAGCUCUGAUUUGAAGGAUAGUGAAUAGAGACAUGGGCUAGGUGCUUUUGUGUCUACUCAUUGUUCGAACGUGGUUGAACGCCGAACGCCACCGUCCGGCGUUCGAAAGCCUCGACUGCGUGAAGAGCAGACGACGCUCUUGUUCGCUUUGACUGGAGGGAGACAGAGGGUAAAGGUGAAAGCAUCAAGCCUUAGCGCCUACCCAUUAAUCAAUCCAAUCAAAGCUUGGCGGUCUGACGACCCCGCGCGCGUCGGAGGCAAGAAGUAUCAGAUUGCUCGCCUCGAUUAAGAAAACAACGACAAGAAAACUAUGACAGUGUAUGUACACGCGCAAUGUCGCCCGGUCCCAGAUAUUUAUUGUAUUUAUUAUAGUAGCUAGCAACCACUAAAUACCCUGCGUGAAAUAAAAAAAGAAAACGCUGGAAAAGCUUUAGUUGCCAAUCCUGAUGGCAGGCGGACUGUCCGCCGAACGCGCAGUGAAAAUUGUUCGCGUUCCGUGAACUCGUCGUGCCAUACGCGAUACUUGAAGGUCACAAGAACAGUCACUUAUUUUGCUCGUGGCUUUGUCUCUACAAUAAAAAAAAAGAGUGACUUGCAGGAA